CCGCCCGUCCGGAGCCCGGCUCGCUGGGGCAGCAUGGCGGGGUCGCCGCUGCUCCGCGGGCCGCGGGCCGGGGGCGUCGGCCUCUUGCUGCUGCUGUUGCUGCUGGGGCUUCUUCGGCCGCCCUGUGCUCUCUGCGCGAGGCCGGUCAAGGAGCCCCGUGCCCUGAGCGCGGCGUCAUCGUCCAUGGCUGAAGCUGGAGCUGCCCGCCGCUUUCGGCGAGCAGUGCCCCGAGGAGAGGCGGCGGGUGCGGUGCAGGAGCUGGCGCGGGCGCUGGCGCAUCUGCUGGAAGCAGAACGGCAGGAGCGGGCCCGUGCUGAGGCACAGGAGGCCGAGGAUCAGCAGGCGCGAGUGCUGGCUCAGCUCCUACGCAUCUGGGGCACUCCCCGUGCCUCUGACCCGACCCUCGGCCUGGACGACGACCCCGACGCGCCUGCAGCGCAGCUUGCCCGCGCCCUGCUCCGCGCUCGCCUGGACCCUGCAGCCCUCGCCGCCCAGCUUGUUCCCGCACCUGUGCCCCCUGCGGCGCUCCGACCUCGACCCCCAGUCUACGAUGAUGGCACCACGGGCCCUGAUGCCGAAGAUGCUGGCGACGAAACGCCUGACGUGGAUCCUGAGCUUCUGAGGUACUUGCUGGGACGGAUCCUCUCUGGAAACGCUGACUCUGAGACUGGGCCGGCCCCUAGGCGGCUCCGAAGGGCUGCUGACCAGGAUGUGAACCCGGAGGUACCCCCUGAGGGUGUGCUGGGGGCACUGCUGCGGGUGAAACGGUUGGAGACUCCUGCAUCGCCGCAGGCGCCGGCACGUCGCCUCCUGCCACCCUGAGCGCACUCCUCCUCGCACUCCUCGCUCCCAGCUGCACCCAGACAACUCCCCUCGGGCACGGUUAUCCUGGCCAGCCCAACCGCUAUGGCUGCCCUCCUAUCCCGCAGAUCCCCCAACCCCUAACCCCCUAAUAAACAUGAU